AUGGGUGGUAUGCUUGGUUUCUUCCUUCGCCAGCUCACCUUCACGCCGAAGCCGCUCCCCCAAGAUGUUCGCCUUGAUGGCAAGACUGCCAUCGUCACCGGCGCCAAUGUCGGCCUUGGUCUAGAAGCUUCCAAGGAAAUGGCCAGCCAUGGUUUGGCCAGAGUCAUUCUUGGGGUGCGUACGGUCUCGAAAGGCGAGGCUGCAAAGCAAGAGAUUCUCAAACAGUCUCCGGAUUGCGAUGUGCAAGUCUGGCCUGUUGAUCACGAGUCUUUCGAGAGCAUGGUGGCGUUUGGAGAGCGCGCCCAGUCCCUCGAUCGCCUCGACAUUGUCAUCUUGUGCGCUGGUGUCAAGAAGCUUGUCUUCUCCCUCUCCAAGACUGGCCACGAGCAGAACGUUCAGGUUAAUCACCUGGGGACCUCUCUUCUCUCUCUGUUGCUGCUCAAGCCGCUCAAAGACACGGCUGCGAAGACGGGCUCGCCUUCACGCCUCACUGUUGUCGCAUCAGAGGUCCACUUCUGGACCCCGUUCGACGAGCGAAAGGCUCCCUCCAUUCUCGCUCGCUUGGAUGAGAAGGACUCAUUCAAGGGCAUGGAACGCUACAAUACGAGCAAGCUAUUGAACAUCCUCUGGAUGCGCGAGCUUAGCAGCAGGGUUACCGGCAACGUUGUCAUUAAUGCGGUCAACCCAGGCCUUUGCGCCAGUGCCUUGCACCGUUCUGACCCGACUCCAGGCUUGGCCUAUCUCAACAAGAUCUUUGCUUGGACACCCGCCCAGGGUGGGCACAAUCUGACGUACGCCGCGACUCAGCAUGUCGAUGAGCCUGGUGCGUACCUGACCGAGCAGCAUUUGGCCAAGCCAUCUCCUUUCGUGCUUUCGACCGAGGGCAAGACGUCGCAACAGAGGAUUUGGGACGAGACUAUCGCCUUGUUCAAGGAGAAGGUUCCGAGCGUGGACAUUGAGAGCGGCUUGUAG